GAAAAAAAAAAAAAAGGCAAACACAUGUUACUGUUAGAUCUAGAUCUAUAUAAAUUAUCUAGACUAGAUCUAAAUAUGUAAAUCUAGAUCUAUGCCUUUUAUUAAUAGAUCUAUCUAGCUGUACUGUAGAUCUAAUAUAUAUAAAUCUUGAGUCGUGUAGCCCCUCACCACCUCAAGAAAAGACAAGAUCAUAUAUUUAUAAUAUUAUAUAAAUAUAUAAGUAUAAGAUUAUAUACUUCAUAUAUAUAUUAUAUACUGAUCAGUGAUAUAUUAUUUUAUUAUUAGUGAUAUAUCAUCUAGAUCUAGAUUUAAUAGAUCUACAUAUAAAUAUAAAAAAUAUAGAUCUUGACCUAGAUCUUCUAGAUAUAGAUCUAGAGUCUAGGAAUCUAGAUCUCCAGCCCUGGCCUUCCACUUCCAUACCAGACCAGACUCAGAGUGACCAGUGGCAGAGCCAUUACUUACUACUUUAUUUCUAGAUCUAGGCAUUAUUAGUCAUUAGAGACUAUUUUCUAUAAGAGUAGUAGAUCUAGUACUAGUAUAGACAUAGAUCUAUUCUAAAGCUAGAUUGAAUAUAUAUAUAUAUCUAGAUCUAGUAUCUGCAAGUGAUUAAUAAAAAAAAAAAAGGUCUCAAGAAGAAUGCCCCCUAAAGGAAAAGGUGGAGGUGAUGGAGCCAAAGGGGGUAAAAGUAAAGGUGCUGAAGGAGGGGCCAGUGGAGAAGGAAAAGCAACAAAAGGAGGAACGGCUGUAAAGGUUCGUCAUAUUUUGUGUGAGAAACAGUCAAAGUCUUUGGAAGCUCUGGAGAAAUUGAAAAGUGGUAUGAAGUUUAAUGAAGUAGCUGCUCAAUACAGUGAGGAUAAAGCACGUCAAGGAGGUGACCUCGGUUGGAUGACCAGAGGGAGCAUGGUUGGCCCAUUUCAAGAUGCAGCUUUUGCUUUGCCCAAUAGCACAGUGGACAAGCCAAAUUACACAGAUCCUCCAGUGAAAACCAAAUUUGGCUAUCACAUCAUCAUGGUUGAAGGAAAGAAGUAACUACCAGUUGAUGAAAAACUUUUAGAAUAAAAAAUUGUCUGUUUUAGAAUCAUUUUAAAUCACUACAAUUGGCAAUGAUUCAAAUGGUUUAACUGCAGACAGAAAUGAAUGGAUCAUUUGAAUACAAGUGCUGCUUAAUUCACAAUAAAAUUAUUAUUUUUUA